GGGACAUUCCAACUUCCAACAAAUGCGCGUUGAUUUCACCCAUUUUCACCGAGCAGACGCGGACUCUCUACUGAUAUUGCCAGUUUGGUGGAUAUAUAGUUCGCAGUCAAAGAUUCUUCCACCCAGUUGAAUCAUCAACCCCAAAUAAGCAUUAGGUUAAAGGUUAUAUAUGCGCUACCAAGAAUGGUAGUGUUGUAGUAAAGCUUUUUUGUUGUAUUUGGUGAACUGCUUUAUCUGCCGGCGGGUGCACUAGUACGGUCGUAACGCCGCAUUUUAUUCUGUAUCAGUUCAAAUGGAAUUACCCAGCAAAAUGAAUGUUAUGCUAUUAAUUUGUUGCGUUAUAGCUAUUGAGGGCCUGCCAACCGACGACCAAAGUAUAAGGAGCCGAAGAGCUUCUGGAAACUCGAACAACGGCGGAGGCAAAACCACAAACGGAGGAUCCUCCGGCACGAACAUCGGCGGAAGUUCAGACAACACUGGUAGCGGUGCAGCGAGCGUAUCCAACAGUAAUAAGGCUCAAUCGUCCAGCAGCAAUGCCAAAGUCAACGGCAACGGAGCGGUUGGUUCUAGCGCCAGCAGCGGCAAUAGCGGAAACGCGCCCAGAGCCGGCGCCCAGAUCAAUGCCAGUCCGUCCAGCGGUCCCGUGAGUGCACUGCCAAACACCGGCGGAAGUACUCCCAAUACCGGGACUCUUCCUAACAGCGGGUUGGCCGGUCUGCCUCCAAUUGGACUGCUGCCUAGCCUUAACGGGGCAUCAGGAACGGGGUCUGGAAACAGUGUACCAAGUGCCGGGAUCAAUGCCGGAGGGAUCAUUGGUAACGGUGGUCAGUCUGCGCAACAGAUGCUGUGUAAUUUGGAAGAAAACAUGGGAAGCAAUAGUCCAGGUGCGCCAUUACUGGAGAACCAGACAAGAAAGGGUCGCUGCAAAAAGCAUCGGGGCAACGGCAGAGGCCGUCAGAAUAACGCCCAGAAUACAAAAAAUAAUGCAUCAUAAAAUCGCAUUUUUUUGUCUUUCGUGGUGGGUAAAUAAGUAUUUAAAUUUAGUGUUGCAGUCCUUGCCCGCCAUUGCCUGGUUAACAGAUUUUGUUCCAGUUUUCUACUUUUCUUGAUAUAGCGCUAAUGUUUACCAUAUUACAUAAUUAUACAGUUUAUACUAUAGUAUCCCGAUCCUUUGAUUGUAUCUACUUAUUCUUUAUUGCUGUGCCAAUUAAUCGGCAAUCAAAGAAAAAUUAGAAAUCCUGUAAGACACUCUCAAUAACAUGCGAUAU